GCCCUUGUUGAACAGCGCAAGCGCGAACUUCUGAGCAAGUAUAUGUCCACUGACCUUCUGGUAAGCUUGUCAAAGACCGAGCGAUUGCUGGGACAUGUGCGAGAGUCCGAUGAAACAGAGCCAGAGUCGCUUACUAUACAUUCCUUGCCUGAAACAAGCCCACAUGCCGGUGCUCAAGAGCAGGAAGGUACGACUACUAAAGACAAAGACAACGACGCAGCAGAGGAUGAAUUCGAAGGAAUGGAAAUAAGUGCUCAGGCUCAGGAAUGA